AGUGUGUUGGCGGACGACGUACUGUACGCAUCUCAAUUAAAAAUGUUAAAACGCUGUAAAUUUAUAGUGCAUUACGUGUCUAAAUUUAAUGUAUUCGAACAAGUGAGAUAUGCGUCACAGAUCUUACCUCAAUUUUCAGCUGAAAAAUACAAUGUGAAAAGGAAAAACUUCUCAAAUGUUCAAGCUGCAGACGUAAGUUACUUUCAAUCAAUACUUGGUAACGAUAGAGUGUUGACUGACAGAGAUGAAGUUUUGCCAUUUAACAUCGACUGGAUAAGAAACUGCCGUGGACAAUCACAGGUAGUGCUGAAACCAAAGACUACUCAAGAAGUAUCAGAAAUUCUUGCUUAUUGCAAUAAGAAACGGUUAGCUGUAUGCCCCCAAGGAGGUAACACUGGACUAGUGGGUGGUUCAGUACCCGUAUAUGAUGAAAUAGUUAUUAAUUUAAUGCUGAUGGACAAAAUCAUUACUUUAGAUGAAAUAUCAGGUGCAUUGGUAUGUGAAGCAGGUUGUGUUCUGGAAAACUUGGACAACUAUGUCCGCGGUCAUAAUCUCAUCAUGCCAUUAGACCUAGGCGCCAAAGGGUCCUGCCAAAUUGGGGGUAAUGUCAGCACAAACGCGGGGGGAUUACGACUCCUGCGGUACGGGAACCUUCACGGUUCAGUACUAGGGCUUGAAGCCGUUAAAGCAGACGGUACAGUGAUAGAUUGUCUCAGAUCUUUGAAGAAGGACAACACAGGGUACCACUUAAAGCAUUUGUUCAUAGGAUCAGAAGGAACACUAGGCAUUGUCACCAAGGUUGCAAUACACUGUCCUGUUUUGCCCAAAGCAGCAACGCUUGGCUUCUUUGGCAUAAAGAAUUUUGAAAAUAUAUUAGAGUUAUAUAAGAGUGCCAAAUCGUCCCUAGGAGAGAUUUUGUCAGCUUUUGAAAUGGCUGACAACUUGGCCAUUACUCAGACAGUUAAAAACCUUAAUCUUCCGAAUCCUAUAUCAGAUUAUCCAUUUUACGCGUUAGUAGAAACACAUGGCAGCAACGAAGUACAUGAUGGUGAAAAAUUAAGUAAUUUUUUAAAUAAGGAGAUGGAAAGCGGCCUCAUAAUGGACGGAACUGUGACAUCAGAUCCUGCCAAAAUGCAGACUAUUUGGAACUUGAGGGAAAGUAUUGCAGCUUCGAGUCUCGUUGGAGGUUAUGUCUUUAAAUAUGACGUAUCUAUCCCACAAAAACACUAUUACGACAUCGUUCCAAUGUUGAAGCAGCGGUUGGGCGACAAGGCAUCUGCAGUCUUCGGUUAUGGACAUAUAGGUGAUGGAAAUAUCCACAUAAAUAUAUCAGUGCCUCAAUACACGAAAGAAGUAGUUUCACUCAUAGAGCCGUUUAUAUUUGAAGAAGUUUCGAAACUCAAGGGCUCCAUCAGCGCCGAGCACGGAAUAGGUUUCCGUAAGCCACAAUUCAUCCACUACAGCAAGGAACCCUCCGCGUUGGGCCUGAUGAGAGAUCUCAAACAACUGAUGGAUCCAAAUGGAAUCCUUAACCCUUAUAAAGUAUUGCCCGAAACAAAUUAAAACACAAAUUAGAGAUUUAAAAAAAAUCCUGUCCCGUAUUGAAAUAAGUAUUAAAAUUAUUUCGAUACGUCAUCCAGCCAAAAUAAAGUCUAUAAAUGUCAAAAUUCGAGAACGUCACUCUUGAAAGGUAAAACCUUUAACAUCUUUGAAGUAACCUUUUAACCGCCUUUGAAGCAUAGCGGAAAACUCCUAAUGGUCACCCAUUACGUGGUACCCGAAGACUAGUUUCAUUUUUCUAUAAGCCUCUUAUACCGACUACCUCCGAAGCUCGCACGUCGAAUUCCCCCUCUAGAGAUCCUGGUGGUUUCGAUUCAUGGUCCAAUGUAAAAAAAUGACCAUUUCUUCAUUAUCUCAAGUCUGGGUGUUGACUUUGUUAUUUCAGAUAUCCAUAACAUACUUUUUGGAAUCUAACCAAUGUGUGGGGAUGUGAUCAAUAUUUAUUAUGCAUGAUGCAGCAGAUUUCCUGUAGCGUUUUCAUUGGCCGGACAUUGGUUUGGACCAAUGAAGAUGCGCCUUUAAGCAUUGUAUGCAAUAUUUCCUUUUUUCAACCAAAAGCUGACAUUAAAGUUACAGAUUAAAUAGAAUAAUGUAAAGGUAUACCAUGAAAUAAAGCCAAACAUAUUAUUUAAAUGACUUUUAUUAAAAUAUCCAUUUAUUCUUAUAACAUUCGUAAUAUCACUGCAACAAAAAUACAAUGGAAUAUUAUAAACAUUUUCCUAAUUGCUUCAAAUAAAUAAACCCGGUAUCGAUUAAAUAUAUUCAAAAAGUAGUAUAUAAGAGCAUUAAAUUAUUAUUAACUCGGAUUGCAAUUUAAUUAUGAAUAAUUUAUAAGUCAUUGCUAUAAGAUUGUUUAAUAGCACUAAUAAAACACUAUUUAAGAACUUUAUUCACCAGCAAUAAGAACUAUAGCAAAUAGCAAACAUUUAUAUUAUUUUCGAGGCAACUAUCACUUUUGUUCACAGCAUAUAGGCUUUAUAACAAAUUCUAAUAAAUAACUUUAUCAAGUUUGGCAUUCGACUGAAUUCGAUGAUAUAUUUUUGUAUGGUAUUAUGAUUUUUUUUUUAUAUGAGAAUGUCGCCCUUUGUAAUUAUCGCAUUUCAUUGUGUUGCAAGUGAUGUAGCAAACGUCUAUUAAAAUAAUUUGUGCUAAUGAAAACACACGCAAAAUUUAAUUUUAUUAAGUCCAUCGUAUUGUUCAAUAAAAUCACUGAGAUUUCUUAUUAAUAAAAUAAUGCAUUGGCUCGCAGUGCUUUAUAAAAAUUAAUUUAUUUUAAAUGUCAGCCUUCCACACAUAAAUGAUGUAAAAAUCUCGGUUAGACAACCGAUACUACAAACAGAAAUAUUUCAUAUGGAAUGGAAGAUAAAUGUGUACUUUUUUUACUUUUUUUUGGUAAUAAUGUUAAUUCUAUUUUCAUUAAAUAGAAACAGACGACUUAUGAGAUCACUAAGUUUAUUAAAGACGAAAUGUAAACAAGAAUUAACAUAGCUCUAAAGUAUGGCCCUCUGAAUAUUUUGGGAGACAACAAUACAAAUCAAUAACAACAGACUUGAAAACUAAAAAUAUGCACCUUAUUACAAAACAAAUAGAUCGCUUUUAAUAUAAGCAUCUGCUUGUUUACAUUUAGUCAAAGGCUUUUUAAAAGGCAUGGCGUUUUAAAAUGCUUAUUUUUUAUACGUAAACACAAUUGCAUCCUCCCGGAAAAACAGACCAAAACGGCAUAAAAAAAAUGAUGAUACGUACUUACUAAAUCUAUUCUAUUUGAAGCAAAGGCUAACAUGAGUCUAAAUUAAAAGCUUUUUUAUUAUUAAACAUGUCCAAAUGCUGAACCACUCUAAAUAAAAUUCCGGUACAUGUUAAUGUUCUGUAAUAUAUCCGCAAACGCUGGCGUGUAACGUACAAAUAAAUAUUAUUAUAUAUUUUUUUUAAAUUAUUCUAAGCAAUUAGAACGACUUCAUCUUAAUAUGAUAGAAGACUAAGAGGAUUCUAAGAUUUCUGCUUAUCACAAAAAUAAGUCGAUGGCAAACAUUAAGUUUAGGAUUAUACUAUUGGGAGUGACUUUCUAUAGCAACACCUACCCUUUCAGGCGUAUAGUCAACACAGACGAGUUGCAUUCAAACUGCAAUAAUAUACAACGGAUAACGUAUAACCGGCAUUAGAUCAACUGUUUCGAUUGUUCACAAAACUGUGGGUUUUCUGCAAAUCCAAUAUAUUUAUGGUGUUGACACAAAAUAUCGGCAUCGAUAGAUGGCGGUGUUCUAAAUUAAUGUUGUCGACUCCAUAAUGAUAUGGAUCUGGUUCAUUUUGAUUUUCUAAAUGGUUAACAACGUGAGGUUCAAAAGCUCUUAGCGGUUUUUUUAUAACAACUUCAUUUUUUCUUUUUUGUUUAUUUAUGCAGUCUUAAAUGUUAGCCAAUUGUGUAGUUAUGCGAAC